AUGCCCGGGCUCUGGCCUCCGGCCUCCAGCUUCGCGGAGCCAGCGUCCGCGCCGCCGCCCCACGGGGAAGUCUCGGCGGCUGGGGAGGGGGAGGGGGCAGGGAAGCCUCAGAACCAGACGACAAUCACUUCCCCGGAAAGCGGCUCCCAGACGCGCCGCCCCAGGGAAGGAAGGCGGCCGAGGGGCCCGGUGCAGGGCAGGCGCGCGCGCGCGCGCGGAGGCCGCGGCAACAAAGUUUGGAAACCGCGAGAAAACUUUUCCAAGAGGAAACGCGGCGGCGGCACUGGGUAUGUGGCUUCUCCUCCCCAGCCGCCGCGGCCCCCCGACACCCCGAGCGCCGGGAAGUGCCGGCCGCGCCUGCCCGGGUCCCAGGCUCGGACCCCGCGGGGAAAGGGGCAGCCGGCCCGACGCGGGACCCACGCCCGCCCGGAGCCCAAUUCCCGGCGACGUCGACGAAGAGACCGCGCCCCGCCCGCCCACCGUCCCGCCGCUUGCGGGGCCCAGCUUGGGACGGCCCGGCCCAAGGACCCUCUCGGCCCGGCCAGAGAGCCCGCGCCCGCGGGGAGGGAGGUGCAAAGUUACCUGCAGCGAGUAGGGCGAGCGCUGGAUACCGGAGGCCCGAAGCCGACGGCUGCUGCUUUGUCUCCCUACAGUCCAGCUCCGAGAAGGAAAUGGGCCGCCCCGCGCCCCUGCCCCCGCCCCCGCGCGGCCCCCGCCCCGCCCGCCCUUCCCGGCACCUCCCUCCGGCCCGCUCUUCCCGGCGCCUCCCGCUGCUGACCCGCCCGCUCUUCCCCGCCGUUACGGUCUCCGCUUAGGGCCCCCACCGCGAAGAGUCUGGCGACGCUGGCCCGGGACCCCCGGGGGACCUCUUCCUCUCCGCCGCCCACCUCAGAAUUCCUUCCUUCCCGACCCCUGGUGGGAGCUUAGGCCAGGAGUGACCCGGAGAGGAAGGAGGAGCGAUAACUCCUGGAACAGCCCGCGGGCUGGGAGGACGGGGGAGGGCAGGUGAGUCACGGCUCCGAGCACAGGUGAGGCUCCGGGCGCGGCCCCCUACACCGGCCGAGUCCCAGAGAUGCGCCGCUGCGACGCGGGGUCCUGGGCACGCGCCCCGCAAGAGUGUCACAGAUGUCCCGGAGCCACAGGCUCCUAGAAAAGUGAUCUAAGCCCACUCUCUUGUUUACAGAAGAGGAAGCGGAGGCCAAGGAAAGGCCCCACUGCUUCGGGACAGAGUGAAACUAGGAUGUGACUCUAACGACCUUUCAUAAUGUGAGGUGGAAGCGCCUCGAGAAUUCACGUAACCCGUCCCCUCACUCCACAGAUGCGGACACCCGAAGCCCUCUUAAUUAAGGACAUUUCUUUUUUCUUCUUCUUUUUGAGACGGAGACUCACUGUCGCGAAGCCUGGAGUGCAGUGGCGCGAUCUCGGCUCACUGCAACUUCUGCCUCACAGGUUCAGGCGAUACUCUUGUCUCAGCCUCCAGAGUAGCUGGGACUACCGGCGCUUGCCACCACGCCCGGCUAAUUUUUUUGUGUUUUUAGUAGGGACGGGGUUUCACGUUGUUGGCCAAGUCUCGAUCUGCUGACCUCGUGAUCCGCCCGCCUCGGCCUCCCAAAGUGCUGGGAUUACAGGAAUGAGCCACCGCGCCCGGCUUUUUUCUUUUUUUUUUUUUUCUCUUUGUUUUUAAGGCAGGAUCUUCCUCUGUCUCCUAGGCUGGUGUGCAGUGUCGCGAUCACCGCUCACUGCAACCUCAAAUUACUGGACAACCGACCCUCCCCACCUCAGCCUCCGGAGUAACUGGAACUGCACACUCACACUGGUCUCAAACUCAUGGACUCAAUAUAUCCUCCUCAGCCUCCCAAAGUGCUGGGAUUACAGGCGUGAGCCACCUUGCGGGGAGGACAUUUACAAAAGAAACACAAAAGAGAGAGGCACCACAGCAGAUGUCCCUUAUUGAGCUUGUUCCCGUCCCACCCCAAGAGCUCAUCCUCCCCUCCCAGCUUGUUCCCCCCCUCCGAGCUUGUUCCCCCCACCACCACCACCACCAAAUCUGAGGGAUCUGACUUGUAUCUCUAUCCCUCCAGUCAUUUAGGGAACUUUAUUCUCACCUUUUCUUAUCUUCAUGGUGAAUACUCCAAAAAACAAAAAAUUACAAAGCAAAAUAACACAAAAAACAAAAAAUACUACAUGUUCCCUAUCAGCCUCGUAUAGAAAACUCUAAUGCUGUUUCCCCUGCUCAUGGGAUAAUGAACAAGAUGGAUUUCAUUAUUGGCAUAUAAAUCUGAAAUAAUGCAAGACAACAAUGUCCACUGCUGGCCUUAUGCUGAACAGAGAGCAGAGUGCUAGGGAGGCUUGCCCUCACCAUGUUUACCCUUUACUCCUUACAUCUCCCUCUCCCCCAAGGGAAUCCAAACUGCUGGAAAGCAGGAGCUGUACCUCCUACAGCUUCCAGCACAUCACCCAUCCCCUAAGGAGUGCCCAGUGAACAUUUGUGGGUGAAGGUGCCACUGUAAUUCAAAGCACUGUGGGCCUGUGCUAGUUAAGAGAUGCUGACAAAGGGCAACAGGACUAUGAAGUGGGGAGAGAACCACUUUUAAGCAAAAGAGGCAGCGGGACCCCUUGGCUCCCGCCUGUAAUCCCAGCACUUUGGUAGGCCGAGGCGGGCAGAUCACAAGGUCAAGAGAUUGAGACCAUCCUGGCCAACAUGGUGAAACCCUGUUUCUACUAAAAAUACAAAAAUUAGGUGGGCAUGGUGGUGGGCACCUGUAGUCCCAGCUACUUGGGAGGCUGAGACAGAAUUGCUUGAACCCAGGAGGUGGAGGUUACAGUGAGCUGAGAUGGUGCCACUGCACUCUAGCCUGGUGACACAGCAAGACUCCGUCUCAAAAAAAAAAAAAAAAAAGGCUGGGUACAGUGGCUCAUGUAAGUAAUCCCCAGCACUUUAGGAGGCCAAGGUGGGUGGAUCAUCUGAGCUCAGGAGACUAACCUGAGCAACAUGACAGAACCCCAUCUCUACAAAACAAAAACAAAAAAAUAGUUGGACGUGGUGGCACCUACCUGUAGUCCCAGCCACUUGGGAGGCUAAGGUGGCAGAAUCACUCGAGCUUGGGAGUUCAAGGCUACAGUGAACCAUGAUGCACCACUGCACUCCAGCCUGAGCAACACAGUGAGACUCGGUCUCAAAAAAAAAAAAAAAAAGGGGAAAGGCAAACCCUGACAAGGUCAUUCUUGUCCAACUACCCCUGUCCUGUUUCUGGCUGCAGGGUUUUUGCUCCUGUAGUCCCCUCUGCCUAGGGUGGCUUUGGCGCCCCCCUACUUAACCUGGCUAACUCAGAACAUAAUUGAUAUAUUUUGGACGUUUGUCCCUGCCCAAAUCUCAUGUUGAACUGUAAUCCCCAGUGUUGAAGGUGGGGCUGGUGGGAGGUGUUUGGGUCAUGGAGGAGGAUUCCUGACAGCUUGGUGCUGUCCUCCCAAUACUAAGGGAAUUCUCAUGAAAUAUCAUUGUUUUAAAGUGUGGCACUGGCCAGGCACAGUAGCUCGUGCCUGUAAUCCCAACAUUUUGAGAAGCCAAGGCAGGCAGAUGGCUUGAGCCCAGGAGUUUGAGACCAGCCUAAGCAAUGUGGUAAAACUCCAUCUCUACAAAAAAUACAAAAAAAAUUAGCCAGGCGGGCCACACACAGUGGCUCACGCCUAUAAUCCCAGAACUUUGGGAGGCCAAGGCAGGCAGAUCUUUUUUUUUUUUUGAGACGGAGUUUCGCUCUUGUUACCCAGGCUGGAGUGCAAUGGCGCGAUCUCAGCUUACCGCAACCUCUGCCUCCUGGGUUCAAGCAAUUCUCCUGCCUCAGCCUCCUGAGUAGCUAGGAUUACAGGCAUGUGCCACCGUGCCCAGCUAAUUUUUUGUAUUUUUAGUAGAGGUGGGGUUUCACCAUAUUGGCCAGGCUGGUCUCGAACUCAAAUGAUACACCCGCCUCGGCCUCCCAAAGUGCUGGGAUUACAGGAGUGAGCCACCGCGCCCGGCCCUGGCAGGCAGAUCAACUGAGGUGAGAAGUUCAAGACCAGCCUGGCCAACAUGGUGAAAGCUCAUCUCUAUUAAAAACACAAAAUUAGGCCAGGCAUGGUGCACCCACCGGUAAUCUCAGCUAUUUGGGAGGCUGAGACAGGAGAAUCACUUGAACCUGGGAAGCAGAGGUGUGGAGUCAAGAUCAUACCAUUGCACUCCAACCUGGGCAACAAAAGCAAAACUCUGUAUCAAAAAAAAGAAAGAAAUUAGCCAGAUGUGGUGGUGUGAGCCUGUAGUUCCAGCUACUUGGGGGGCUAAGGUGGGAAGAUCACCUGAGCCUGGGAAAGUUGAGGCUGCAGUGAGCCUUGAUUGCACCACUAUACUCCAACCUGGGCAAUGAAGUGAGAUCCUGUCUCAAAAACAAAACAAAAAAAAUGUGGCACCUCAGCCCCUUCCUGCUCCUGCUUUCAGCAUGUAACAUGCCUGCUCCAGCUUCACCUUCCACCAUAAGUAAAAAGCUCCCUGAGGCCUAUCCAGAAAGCAGAGUAGAUGCCUAAGACUUGCUUAUACAGCCUGCAGAACCAUGAGCCAAUUAAACGUUUUUUCUUUUCUUUUUUUUGUAUGUGUGUGACAGUUUCGCUUUUGUCACCCAGGCUGGAGUGCAGUGGAGCGAUAUUGGCUCACUGCAACCUCUGCCUCCUAGAUUCAAGCAAUUCUUCUACCUCAGCCUCUCAAGUAGCAGGAAUUACAAGUGCACAUCACCAUGGUCAGCUAAUUUUUGUAUUUUUAGUAGAGACGGAGUUUCACCAUAUUGGCCAGGCUGGUCUCGAACUCUUGACCUCAGGUGAUCCACCUGCCUCAGCCUCCCAAAGUGCUGGCACACAUGCAUAAGCCACCAUGCCUGGCCCAUUUUUUUCUUUAUAAAUUACACAGUCUCAGGUAUUUCUUUAUAGCAAUGCAAGAACAGCCUAACACAAUAGUAAUCAGUCAAUUAAGUUUUUGUAUGAAGUAACAAGAAACAGAGUUAAAGGAUUAUGCUCCAUAACUUUGCAUAUUCAUCACUUCACUCAGGACAAGUUACUUAAUUUUUAAAGCCCCUUGUUCAAAAUUAUUAACCAUUUUAAGACAGCAACAGCAGAGUAUUAAACCAAGCAUGAGUUCUUUCUUUAUUAUUAUUAUUUUUUGAGACAAAGUCUCACUCUGUCACCAGGCUGGAGCACAGUGGUGCAAGCUCUGUUCACAUCCCGGGUUCAAGCAAUUCUCCUGCCUCAGCCUCCCGAGUACCUGGAACUACAGGUAUAGGCCACCACACCCAGCUAAUUUUUGUAUUUUUAGUAGAGACAGGGUUUCACCCUGUUGGCCAGGAUAGUUUCAAUCUCUUGACCUCGUGAUCUGCCCGCCUCGGCCUCCCAAAGUGCUGAGACUACAGGUGUGGGCCACCGCACCUGGCCAGCAUGGGAUCUUUCUAAGCAUGGGACCUUGAAGAUGAAAUUGCAGAGUUUGUUUUGGGAAAAGAAGGGUAAGGUGACAGAAAGAAUAUGAGAGAUUUGCAGUGUGGCUAAAGAAAAUCACACUGCUUACUAAGGAAGGCUGGAGCAUUCUCUAUAGCCCAGGCACUUGCUGUGUGCUGAGGAAGUGAAUCAAAACUGAAUGAAACUGACUUGAUCCCUGUUUUCACACCACUUAAAGUGUAAAGAUGAAGACAGGUAUUAAAACAGGUAAACUGACCGGGCACAGGGGCCCAUGCCUGUAAUCCCAGCAUGCUGGGAGGCUGAGGUGGGAGGAUCGCUUGCACUCAGAAGUUCAAGACCAACCUAGACAACUUAUUAAAACCCUGUCUCUACAAAAGAUAUAAAAAUUAACCAAGUGUGGUGGCACGCACCUGUAGUCCCAGCUAUGUGGAUGGGGCUGAGGUGGGAGGAUCACUUGAGCCAGGGAGGUGGAGGCUGCAGUGAGCUAAGAUUGCAUCACUGCACUCCAGUCUGAGUGACAGAGUGACCCCCUGUGUCAAAACACACACACACAUGUAAACCAGAAAAAAGAAAGGCAACUGUGAAGAUAGGGGAGAGAUACAUGUAGGUUUGGGGUAAAUUAAGUACUCUGGGGUUCAGAGAGCUGAGAAGUGACCUUUAUGUGUUGACACCACCUCCAGUCUGGCUUUAGCACUCGCCUCUCCACCAACACUGCUUUUAUCAAGGUCCUUGAUGGCCUCCAUGUUGCAAAAUCUAAUGGUCAGUCUCCUUCCUCAGUUGACUUGUACAAUCAGUAGCAUUUGGUCACUCUCCUCCUUGAAACACUUUCCUUAUUCAGCCUCGAGGGCACCAGACUUUCCUGAUUUUCCUCCAGCCCUCCUGGCUAAACUUCUUAGUUUCCAUUGAAGAUGCUUUCUUUUUUUUUUUUUUUUUUUUUGAGACGGAGUUUCACUCUUGUUACCCAGACUGGAGUGCAAAGGCACCAUCUUGGCUCACUGCUACCUCCGCCUUCUGGGUUCAAGCAAUUCUCCUGCCUCAGCCUCCGGAGUAGCUGGGACUACAGGCUCGCACCACCAUGCCCAGCUAAUUUUUGUAUUUUUAGUAGAGACAGGGUUUCACCUUGUUGACCAGGAUGGUCUCUAUCUCUUGACCUCGUGAUCCACCCGCCUUGGCCUCCCAAAGUGCUGGGAUUAUAGGCGUGAGCCACCACGCCCAGCCGAUGAUGCUUUCUAAUUCCUCCUAACCUAUAAAUGUUACAGUGAGGAUUCUCAAAGUAUAGUCUGGACAUACCUGAGACCUUUUCAACGAGUGAUGAGGUAAAAAACUAUUUUCAUAGGCCGGUGAGGUGGCUCACAUUUGUAAUCCCAGCACUUUGGGAGGCCGAGGCGGGCAGAUCACAAGGUCAGGAGAUCAAGACCAUCCUGGCUAACAUGGUGAAACCCUGUCUCUACUAAAAAUACAAAAAAUUAGCCGGACAUGAUGGCACACGCCUGUACUCCCACCUACUUGGGAGGCUGAGGCCAGUGAAUUGUUUGAACUCAGGAAGCAGAGGUUGCAAUGAGCCAAACUUACCUCACUGCACUCCAGCCUGGGUGACAGAGUAAGACUCCAUCUCAAAAAAAAAACAAAAACCAUUUUCAUAAUAAUUCUAAAAUAUCAUUUGCUUUCUUAUGCUCAUUCUCUCCCAGGUAUAGAGAAAAGUAUUCCACAGGCUACACGAUGUAUGUUAUGGCAUCACAUAGAAUGUGAAAGCAGAUAUGAAAAUCCAGCUAUCGUUUAUUACGUCAAAUAGAGAUUUGUAAAAAUACAAAACAACAACAGUUUUCCCUGAAAUUUUCUUUUGUUUUAGAAAACAUGGUUAUUUUUCUUUAAAAAAAAAUUUUUUUUUUUUUUUUGAGACAGAGUCUUGCUCUGUUGCCAGGCGCCAGGCUGGAGUGCAGUGGCACGAUCUCGGCUCACUGCAACCUCCGUCUCCCAGGUUCAAGCAAUUCUCCUGCCUCAGCCUCCCAAAUAGCUGGGACUGCAGGCAGAUGCCACAAUAGCCAGCUAACCCAACUAAAGAUGGGGUUUCACCAUGUUGGCCAGGCUGGUCUCGAACUCCUGACCUCAGGUGAUUCACCCUCUUUGGCCUCCCAAAGUGCUGAGAUUACAGGCGUGAGCCACCUUGCCCGGCCUUAAAAAUGUUAUUUGUUGAUAACAUGUAAUGGAUUUGCUAUUGUUAUUUUAUUUUUGCUAUUGUUAUUUUUUAAUGAAUGAAUGGAAAUUUUUUUAUUUUUAUUUUAUUUUAUUUUUAUUUUUAUUUUUUUUAUUUUUUGAGACAGAGUUUUGCUCUUGUUACCCAGGCUGGAGUACAAUGGCGUGAUCUUGGCUCACCGCAACCUCCAUUUCCUGGGUUCAGGCAAUUCUCCUGCCUCAGCCUUCUGAAUAGCUGGGAUUACAGGCACGCACCACCAUGCCCAGCUAAUUUUUUGUAUUUUUAUUAGAGACGGAGUUUCACCAUGUUGACCAGGAUGGUCUUGAUCUCUUGACCUCGUGAUCCACCUGCCUCGGCCUCCCAAAGUGCUGGGAUUACAGGUGUGAGCCACCAUGCCUGGCCCUAUUUUUAUUUUUUUUUAAAGACGGUGUUUCACUAUGUUGGUCAGGCUGGUCUUGAACUCCCAAGACCUCAGGUGAUCCACACGCCUUGGCCUCCAAAGUGCUUGGAUUACAGGCGUGAGCCACCACACCCAGCCCUAUGGAAAUUUUUUAAUUGUUAUUUUUUUUAUUUUUAUUUUUUUUUUUUUGAGACACAGUCUUGCUCUGUUGCCAGGCUAGAGUGCAGUGGCUCGAUCUCGGCUCACUGCAAUCUCCACCUCCUGGGUUCAAGCAAUUUUCCUGCCUCCUCAGCCUCCCGAGUAGCUGGGACUACAGGUGUGUGCCACCAUGCCCAGCUAAUUUUUGUAUUUUUUAGUAGAGACAGGGUUUCACCAUGUUAGCCAGGAUGGUCUCGAUCUCUUGACCUUAUGAUCCACGUGCCUUGGCCUCCCAAAGUGCUGGGAUUAGAGGUGUGAGUCACCACGCCCGGCUUGUUUAUUUUAAUUUCUGGGUCUUGCUCUGUUGCCCAGGCUGGAGUGCAGUGGUGCUAUCAUAGCUCAGUGCAGCCUUGAUCUCCCAGAUGUAAGUGAUCCUUCCACCUCAGCCUCCCUAGUAGCUAGGACUACAGAUGUGCACCACAACACAUGGCCAAUUAAAAAAAUUUUUUUUUGUAGAAACAGGGGUCUCACUCUGUUGACCAAGCUGGUUUUGAACUCCUAACUUCAAAUGAUCCUGCUGCCUCAGCCUCCCAAAAGUGUUGAGAUGACAGGUGUGAGCUACCAUGCUGUGCCAGGCCUACAGUAUAUAUUGAUAGAUAAAACUUUUUUUUGGAGACGGAGUUUCACUCUUGUUGCCCAGGCUGGAGUGCAAUGGCAAGAUCUCCCCUCACCGCAACCUCUGCCUCCCAGGUUCAAACGAUUCUCCUGCCUCAGCCCCUCGAGUAGCUGGGAUUACAGACAUGCGCCACCGGGCCUGGCUAAUUUUGUAUUUUUAGUAAAGAUGGGGUUUCACCAUGUUGGCCAGGCUGGUCUCGAACUCCUGACCUCAGGUAAUCCUCCUGUCUCGGCCUCCCAGUGUUGGGAUUAUAGGCAUGAGCCACCACCCCUGGCCUAUGGUAGAUAAAACUUUUGUAAGCAAGAGCUCUUUGAGAUCUUCAAAUUUUUUAGAAUGUAAGGGAGUCUUGAGAUCAAAAAGUUAAAAACUAGCAGAGCGUGGUGGCUCAUGCCUGUAAUUCCAGCACUUUGGGAGGCCAACGCAGGCGGAUCAUGAGGUCAGGAGUUUGAGACCAGCCUGACCAACAUGACAAAACCCCGUCUCUACUAAAAAUAAAAAAUAAAAGAUAAAAUUAGCCGGGUGUGGUGGCAUAUGCCUGUAAUCCGAGCUACUCAGGAGGCAGGAAAAUCUCUUGUACCCAGGAGGCAGGAAAAUCUCUUGUACCCAGGAGGCAGGGGUUGCAGUGAGCCGAGAUCACACCACUGCAGCCUGGGCGGGGACAGAGUGAGACUCCGUUUCAAAAAAAAAAAAAAAAGUUAAAAACUUUGGCCAGGGGUGGCUCACACCUGUAAUCCCAGCACUUUGGGAGUCCAAGGUGUGUGAAUCACCUGAGGUUGGGAGUUCAAGACCAGCCUGAACAACAUGGUGAACCGCAUCUUUACUAAAAACACAAAAAUUAUGACCAGGUAUGGUAGCUCACACCUGUAAUUCCAGCACUUUUCUUUAGGAGGCAGAGGCAUGCAGAUCACCUGAGGUCAAUAGUGUGAGACCAGACAUAAGUGAAACCCUGUCUCUACUAAAAAUAUAAAAUUAACUGGGCAUGGUGGGGCACACCUGUAGUCCCAGCUACUCAGGAGGCUGAGGCAGUAGAAUUGCUUGAAUCUGGUAGGUGGAGGUUACAGUGAGCCGAGAUCAAACCAUUGCUCCCCAACCUGGGCAACAAGAGCAAAACUCCAUUAAAAGAAAAAAAUUAGCUGGGUGUGGUGGCACAUGCCUAUAAUCCCAGCUACUCCGGAGGCUGAUGUAGGAGAAUCACUUGAACCCAGAAGGCGGAGGUUGCAGUACACUCCAGCUUGAAGUUAAAAACUUCUAUUAAAGUAUCCCAGGGCUCUGUCCUUGGACUUCUUUUUCUACUAAUAGCUGCCAUUAACCCAUUGAUGCCAGCCUUUUGGCUUCAAUAUGCUGACAAUCCAGGUAUUUAUCUCUAACCUGAACCUUUCCCCUGAAUUUGCUUAUCCCACUCCCCACUUGAUGUCUUCACUUAGAUACCCAAUAGGCAUCUCAAACUUUAUUUUUUUUUAUUUAUUUAUUUUUGAGCCGGGGUCUCAUUCCAUCUCCUAGAUUGGAGUACAAUGGUUCUAUCAUACGUCAAUGAAGCCUUGAUCUCCCAGACUCAAAUGAUCCUCAGCCUCCCAAGUGGCUGGGACUAUAGGUAUGUGCCAACACAGCCAGCUUUUUUUCUUUUUUCUUAGUAGAAAUGAGAUCUUGCUAUGUUCCCCAGGCAGGUGUCAAACUCUUGAGCUCAAGUGAUCCUCUUACCUCAGCCUCCCAAAGGGUUACAGAAAUUACAUGGCAUGAGCCACCACGCCCAGCCCAUCCCAAACUUUUUAUGUCCAAAACUGAAUUCCUAAUACCUCUGUCCAAACCUGCUUAUCUUUAAUUUCCUUAAUUAAGUUUUCUUAAUUUCCUUAGAUGGCAACUCCAUCCUCCUCUCAUUUUGGCCAUGGCUAAGGCCAAAAACCUUGGCGUUAUCCUUGGCUAUUUUCUUUCUCUCACACAUUUCAAAUCUGAUUCCUUAGACCCUGUACUUUUGCCUUUGAAAUAGAUUCAGAACCCACUAACUUUAUUUAUUUAUUUAUUUAUUUACGAGACAGAGUUUCACUCUCAUUGCCCAGGCUGGAGUGCAAUGGCGCGACCUCACAGCAACCUCCGCCUCGCAGAUUCAAGCAAUUCUCCUGCCUCAGCCUCCCAAGUAGCUGGAAUUACAAGCAUGUGUCACCACCCCCAGCUAAUUUUGUAUUUUUAUUAGAGAUGGGGGUUUAUCCAUGUUGGUCAAACUGGUCUUGAACUCCUGACCUCAGGUGAUCCACCUGCCUCAGCCUCCCAAAGUGCUGGGAUUACAGGCAUGAGCCACCACACCCAGCCCUGCACCCAGCCUUUUUUUUUGAGCCAGAGUCUCACUCUGUUUCCCAGGCUGGAUUGCAGUGGCACAAUCUUGGCUCACUGCAACCUCUGCCUCCCAGGUUGAAGCGAUUCUCAUGCCUCAGCCUCCUGAGUAGCUGGGAUUACAGCACCUGCCACCAUGCCCUGCAAUUUUUGUAUUUUUUUUUAGUAGAGACAGGGUUUCUCUGUGUUGGCCAGAAUGGUCUCAAACUCCUAACCUCAAGCUAUCUGCCCACCUCGGCCUCCCAAAGUGCUGAGAUUACAGGCAUGAGCCAACACACCCUGCCCAGAACCCACUAACUUUUUACCAUCACCAUUGUCACCAUGCUAAAUUAAGCCACCAUCAUCUGUUAGCCUCAGUUUUGCUGGGGGAACCUAACUGGUCUCCCUACUUCCGCACUUGCCUCUGUCUAGUUUCAGUUCGGCAGCCUUGGUGAUCCUGUUAGAAAACAAGUCCAAGCAAGUCACUCCUGCUCCACCCAAACCCUCCAGAGGCUCCCUCUCACUCGGACUACAAAGCAAGGUCCUUAGAAGGGCCUCAUCUGCCCCCAUACUCUUCUCUAAUAGUGUCCUCUUUGCUAUUCCUGGAACACAUCAAGCAGGCUCUUGCCUUAGGGUCUUUGCUUCCUGCCUGGAAUGCUCUCCUCCAAACAACUGCCUGACUGGCGCUCUCAUCUCUGCCAGGCACCUUCUCAGUGAGGCUUCCGCUUGGCCACCUUAUUCAAAAUUGCAGCCCCUUUCUCAACAUCCCACCCCCACUUCCUUGUUCAUUUUUCUCCUUAGCCUAUAUCACCUUCUGAUAUAUGAAAUCAUAUUUUUAAAUGUAUAUUUUAAUAUAUAUUUAAAAAUUAAAAUAGUGUAAUAUCA